AUGCUGAACCGUUGCACCAAGCAGUCCCCGAGUCAACGGGAGCUCAAACAUGUCGACGAUGGGUUUCCAUACCGACAAUUGGGCGUGCUGGCAAUAUGUCGUCUAUGCGAGCCAAUCGCCUUCAUGUCAAUAUUCCCGUACGCCUACCGCAUGAUUGAAUCGUUCAACAUCACCCAAGACGAGUCGCGGAUAUCGGUCUUUGCCGGAAUGCUCAUUACAGCCUUUGCCUUUGCCGAGUUUUUGACCGGAAUGCUUUGGGGCCGGCUGAGUGACCGCGUCGGCCGCAAACCGGUCUUGAUCAUGGGUCUCGCUGGGACCGCCUUGAGCAUGAUAUGCUUUGGAUUUUCGCGGAGUCUGAAAACUGCCAUUCUCGCCAGAGCCCUCGGCGGGGCUCUGAACGGCAAUGUGGGAGUGCUCCAAACCACCGUAGCAGAGCUCGUGACGAAGAAGGAGCAUCAGCCUCGUGCGUAUUCGAUCAUGCCGGUGGUCUGGAGUAUCGGAUCCAUCAUUGGUCCCUCGAUAGGCGGAGCCUUGGCUAUGCCAUGUGACUCCCUCGGGUUCCGUCGAGGCGGCUUGUUCGACAAGUUCCCGUUCCUGUUGCCCAAUCUCGUCUGUGUUGCAGUGCUCAUCUGCGGUAUUGUGGUUGGCGUCCUGUUUCUCGAAGAAACACAUACCAAGAAAAAGCCUUGCAAUAGCGUUGGAGAGGUUGCGUUCGAGGUGUUCUUCGCGCGCCUCGGAUUUGAAAGGCUUCCGGUCCAGCUCGAGGCCCUGGGCCGUAAAUUGGGCUUUGCUCGAGGAGACCGACCGGAUGCCUUUGACCAUCGCGAUCCACCCCCGGGCUACCGGAGCACGGAAAGCUCGCCGUUGCUGCGGUCAGCCUCAACGAUAGAGCUGGACCUCGAAAUGCUGCGGGAGAAAGAAAUCAGCAGCGAGGCCAGGCCUUUCAACCGGCAGGUAAAACUGAUCAUCUUUGCAUAUGCGAUCCUUGCUUACCACAGCGUUUCAUUCGACGCCUUGAUGCCCACCUUUCUCAGUGAAGAACGUAUGCAGACGGAGCCUCACCUUCCCUUCCGAUUCUCUGGAGGCUUCGGCAUGGGCACCCGCGCCAUCGGUUUCAUGAUGGCGAUUCAGGGCGGCUAUUCGAUCGUCGCGCAAUUCUUCAUCUUCCCCUACAUGGUCCGACGCCUCGGCACACUCAAUGCGUCUCGGCUAACGAUGACUAUCUGGCCUGUGCUGUAUUUGGUGGUGCCAUAUCUGGUACUUCUUCCGGAACGUUGGCAGCAAACGGGCAUCUACGCUACUCUUAUGAUCAAAAUCACGUUUCAAGCGAUAUCAUUUCCUUCGAAUGCGAUUCUUCUAGCCAAUGCUGUUUACUCCAAGAGCGUACUCGGACGGAUCAAUGGUACUGCUGCAUCGAUGGCGUGCUUGGCCCGUGCCGUGGGGCCCGUUGUGACGGGCUCGGUACACACAGCUGGACUGAAACUCGGGUAUGGCGGUCUGGCGUGGUGGACCAUUGGAAUCGUCUGUGCCAUUGGAGCUCUGGAAAGCUACUGGAUGGAAGAUUCCGAUGGAGGCCCGGAUCGUCUUUCGAACGAAGGAGAAGAACGUACCUGCGAGCCGUUGAUGCACCCUUCUGUCGUCGAAGGAGGCGACGAAUGCCUCUCACCUCGCCAUGAGCGGUUGGCUUUCAUUGACGACCUGGAUCUUUCCGAAACCACCCCGGAAAAAGCAUGA